AGAUAUUCAAAAUAUAUUUCUAGUCCUGAAACCUUUUUUCGACCAUCCUGGAAAGUGACAGCUCACCAUGCUCCCUGCUCAAGAAGCUGCCAAAAUCUACCACACCAACUACGUGCGCAAUGCCCGGGCCGUGGGCGUCAUGUGGACGGUGUUCACCAUCACCUUCUCCGUGAUCACCGUGGUGGUUUUCAUCCAGCCCUACUGGAUCGGAGACAGCGUGCACACCCCGCAGGCCGGAUACUUCGGCCUCUUCCACUACUGCAUCGGCAACGCGCUCACCUCCGAGCUCAUCUGCAAGGGCAGCGCGCUGGACUUCGGCUCCAUCCCGUCCGGAGCCUUCAAGACGGCCAUGUUCUUCGUGGGGAUCUCCACGCUGCUGAUCGUGGCCAGCAUCGUCUGCUUCAGCCUCUUUUUCUUCUGCAACGCGGGCAGCGUCUACAAGAUCUGCGCCUGGAUGCAGCUGGCCUCCAGUACAUGUAUGGUGAUUGGCUGCAUGAUCUAUCCUGAUGGCUGGGACUCAGACGAAGUGAAGCGCAUGUGCGGCCAGCGGACCGACAAAUACACUUUGGGCAACUGCACAGUGCGCUGGGCCUACAUCCUCGCCAUCAUCAGCAUCAUGGAUUCCCUGGUUCUGUCCUUCCUCGCAUUCAGUCUGGGCAACCGGCAGGACAAGCUGCUGCCGGAGGACUUCCAGGUGGAGGAAAAAGAUGAGCAAUAGACCCGUGAUGAACAACGUGACAAGAUAGCUGAGAAUUUAUGAGGAAUGCAACCGACUGGGUUGAAUGCAUUCAAACAUACUCCGACACAUCAUGAGUCAGUGACAAACUGUGGA